GCAUGCGCGGAGGGACGGCCGCUCUCGGAAGCCAUGUUCGGUGGUAGUGGCCGAUCGUGAUUUGUGAGGGCGGAGGAUCCGCGUCCAGGAGGCGGAGGUGACGGGUGGGCGGGCGCUGUUGCCGCCGUUACCCUGCCCGGGGUGGGGGGGUGGGUUAGGGCAGCGCGGCCUGACCGCCGCCGGCGGGUGGUGCCCCUCUCCGUCGUUAGGCGUGCUCCAUGUGAGGCGGGCUGGAAUGAACGAGAGGCGCUUCCAGCGGCCGCAGGAAGGCGUCGCCGAAGCCCCGCACUUGUUCUAGUUGUUUCGGGCCCCCGGGUUUCGGGGGGGUGGGGGCGGCAGGAGGAGGAGGAGGCGGCUCCAUCAUGACUUCCCAUGGCAGCUUCGAUCUGUCCCGGAGGAACCCGCAGGAGGACUUCGAGCUGAUCCAGAGGAUCGGCAGCGGCACCUAUGGCGAUGUUUACAAGGCUCGGAAUGUCAAUACUGGAGAGCUAGCAGCUAUAAAAGUUAUUAAGCUGGAGCCUGGUGAAGACUUUGCCAUUGUACAGCAGGAGAUUAUAAUGAUGAAAGAUUGUAAACACUCAAACAUUGUCGCGUAUUUUGGCAGUUACCUCAGGCGCGACAAGUUAUGGAUCUGUAUGGAGUUUUGUGGUGGUGGGUCAUUACAAGAUAUUUAUCAUGUGACAGGACCUUUAUCAGAACUACAGAUAGCUUAUGUGUGCAGAGAAACAUUGCAGGGUUUAUAUUAUCUUCAUAGCAAAGGAAAAAUGCACAGAGACAUAAAGGGAGCAAAUAUUCUUCUGACAGAUAAUGGCCAUGUGAAAUUAGCUGAUUUUGGAGUUUCUGCGCAGAUCACUGCAACUAUAGCAAAAAGAAAAUCGUUUAUUGGUACUCCAUAUUGGAUGGCCCCAGAAGUUGCAGCUGUGGAGAGGAAAGGUGGAUAUAAUCAACUGUGUGAUAUCUGGGCAGUUGGUAUAACUGGUAUUGAGCUCGCUGAACUUCAGCCACCAAUGUUUGACUUGCAUCCAAUGAGGGCUUUGUUUUUGAUGACAAAAAGCAACUUCCAGCCCCCAAAGUUGAAGGACAAGAUAAAAUGGUCUACUAAUUUUCAUCAGUUUGUAAAACUGGCACUUACGAAAAAUCCUAAGAAAAGACCGACUGCUGAGAAAUUAUUGCAGCACCCAUUUGUGGCACAGUCUUUGAGUCGUACCCUUGCUAUUGAAUUGCUUGAUAAAUUGAACAACCCAGAUCAUUCCAGUUAUCAUGACUUUGAUGAUGAUGAUCCUGAGCCUCCAAUAUCGGUUCCUCAUCGAAUUCAGUCCACUAGCAGAAAUGUGAGGGAAGAAAGGACGCGGUCAGAGAUUAACUUUGGACAAAUAAAAUUUGAUCCACCAAUGCGAAAGGAAACCGAGCCUCAUCAUGAACUUCCCAACUGUGAUGAUUUUUUCGACAUUUCAGAAGAGAUCUACUACACAGCAAGAUCUAAUCUGGAUCUACAGCUAGAAUAUGGCCAAGGACCCCAAAGCAGUUAUUUUUUUAGUGGAAAUAAGAGUCUUCUGAAGUCAGUGGAAGAGGAAUUGCAUCAGCGGGGACACGUGGCACAUUUAGAUGAUGAUGGUGAUGAUGAUGAAUCUGAACAUUCAACAAUGAAACCCAGAGUGCCACCACCUCUUCCUCCCAAGCCAAAGUCCAUCUACAUACCACAGGAAAGCAGUUAUAAUGAAGAGGAGAAUCAAGGAACAAUCAAGAGAUGUCCACUUGACAGUCCUGCACGACCAAGCACACAAGUGCCACCAAGACCUCCCCCUCCCCGGUUACCUCCUAACAGCAGUUAUACCAGAAACACUGCCCUAGCAAAUGGAGUAAACUCCACGCAGGUGAAUGGGGAGAAAGACAGCAGUCCUCAACAGCAGUAUGAAAACAGAAGUAGUUAUCCACCAGGGCUUCCUCCAAGGAAGGAUAAGAAGGACCUCCCUAAACCUAUUAGUAAUGGUCUUCCUCCAACCCCAAAAGUGCAUAUGGGUGCAUGUUUCUCUAAGGUUUUUAAUGGUUGCCCUCUGAAAAUUCACUGUGCAACAUCAUGGAUUAAUCCAGACACAAGAGAUCAGUACCUCAUAUUUGGUGCUGAAGAAGGCAUUUAUACUUUAAAUCUUAAUGAAUUGCAUGAAACAUCAAUGGAGCAGCUUGUCCAGAGAAGGUGCACAUGGUUGUAUGUAAUGAACAAUUCAUUAUUAUCGAUAUCUGGAAAAGCUUCACAACUUUAUUCUCACAACUUGUUGGGUCUUUUUGAAUAUGCUAGACAAAUGCAAAAAUUGCCAGUCUCUAUUCCUGCAUACAGACUUCCAGACAGGAUACUUCCAAGGAAAUUUGCAGUAUCUACAAAAAUUCCAGAUACAAAAGGCUGCCAAAAAUGUUGCGUUGUAAGGAAUCCUUACACAGGACACAAGUAUCUCUGUGGUGCAUUGCAAUCCAGCAUCGUUUUGUUGGAGUGGGUUGAACAAAUGCAGAAGUUUAUGUUGAUCAAAAAUGUUGACUUUCCUCUGCCAAAUCCAUUGAAAGUCUUUGAAUUGCUGGUGGUUCCAGAACAGGAAUACCCAUUAUUGUGUGUUGCUGUCAGUAAAGGAACAGAACUUAAUCAAGUUGUGCGAUUUGAAACUGUCAAUCCAAACUCUACUUCAUCCUGGUUUACGGAAACAGAUACACCACAGGCAAAUGUCAUCCAUGUGACCCAGCUUGAAAGAGAUACAAUAAUAGUCUGCAUGGACCGAUGCUUAAAGAUUGUAAAUCUUCGAGGUAGAUUGAAAUCCAGCAGAAAACUGUCUUCAGAGCUGACAUUCACUUUUCAAAUUGAGUCGAUAGUUUGUUUGCAGGAUAGUGUGCUUGCUUUUUGGAAACACGGAAUGCAGGGAAGAAGUUUUAAGUCAAAUGAGAUAACACAAGAAAUUUGUGACAAUUCAAGGAUCUUCAAACUUUUAGGCUCUGACAGAGUUGUGGUGCUGGAAAGUAGACCAACAGACAACCCGACUGCCAAUAGCAACUUGUACAUCUUGGCUGGCCAUGAAAACAGCUAUUGAUUGGUGUCAGAUUUUUGCAUGGGAGUGCACAAAAGAAAAUUCAUGACUGGUUUCUUUAGCAUUGAAGAAUGUUUGAGAAUGAUCAGAAAUCACAGUACUGUCUAUGUCAUAGACAAAAAAAUCAAUGGUUUAUUUAUUGUGGUAUCAAACGUGGGGGACAUUAAGUGCCACAGCCACCUUAAUUUCAAAAUGCUACACAAGUGCUUGGUUUACCGUAUGUAAUCUUUGUACAUAAAUGUGUAGUUUUUCCAGUGCAUCCUUCAUCUUGUUGAAGUUGCACAGUUUAACUCUUAAUGUAGAUAGUAGUGCAUAUGAUGUACAGUUAAGUAUCUUUACUGUACAGAUGUGUAAAGGUUUGCAUGAUGCAAAACUUAAUAUGGGUACUGCUUUUAAGGAAUUAUUUGGGUUUUACUUUAUUCUGUUGAGAUUAGUAUAUAUUUUGCAGCAAGAAACGAGCAGUAUACCCAUGUAAUCAUCUGACUAACACUGUUGUAUUUUAAAGUGUAAUUUAGAUAUGAAUUGGAAUAAUCUUGAAGGGUUGUAAUCCAAAUUUUUCAUUCGUUUGCUUGUUGGUUUUAACAGUUUUCUUGCAAGUACACUGGUAUUAAGUUUGCACAGUAAUGCUGAGAAAAUGUGAUGUAUUUUACUCACGUAGUUAUCUAGUGAUCUGUGGGGCAUCCAUUUGGAUCUAAUUGUCCUAUUUUCAAAAGUAGCAAAGAAGUGCCACUGUUUAAUGGCUGUUGAUGUCUUUUAUAUUAUCAUGUUUUAAAUAUACAAAGAAAUUUGGAUUGGGUUGGCAAACUUUUACUAUCCCAAUAACAUCUGCAUUUUACAGAGCGAAAAUUAAAUACAAUAGUAGCGUUUUUUUUCUGCUCUUAAGUCAUGCUGCCUAUGUUGGCAUGACUUCAAAAGCAAAUACAACUGUAUCUUUUGUAUAUGGGAAUAUGAAAACACUGUAAAAAGCUUAAACUAACUAAGGUACCAACAUGCAAAAUCUUCAGAAAGUCUUGUUCAUAAAAUUAUACACAACUUUUGAUGUAACACUAUACCAUUGCAUUAAUAUCAUCCAGUUAUACAUGUUCAGCUGCCAAUAACUUUUGUAAUUAAACAAAGACUUAACUUUUCUAAAUGGUAGGGGUUUGAAACAUCCGAUUUCAGUUUAUUAAUUGAAACUGUUCCUUGUGUAAGCCUCAUUCUGCCAAAUCUACAUGCAUUCAUCAGCAUUUCUCCCCAAACUCUUGUAUGCUCCUUUACACACAACAAAAGUUAGUUAAGUGUUUCUACCUCAUGUAGAUAUUAUUUUUGUGGGAAACACUCAGCACAAAAGCAUUAUUGGUAUUAGAGAUUUUCUGCUGACUCAGUCAGUUCGAAGUGUCUAAUAUUUGUAUAAAUUAUCAACAUAAUUGCACAGUAAGGCAUGUUACUUUUUUUUAUACAUUUCCAUGUUUUCAUUUGAUUAUGGUCAUUGGGAACAAAAGCUAUGAUUUGUGUUGAUUAGCCAAAUUACUGACAUGAUUCAUUCUAUUGUUUCUGAUUAUGUAUAUACUGUAAAAUAAAUUUGAAGGGUUUACAUUGAA